AUGGAGCCUCCGAAGUGUUUUGGAUCUGUAUUGAUUGGAUUUUACCUGUGGGCGACGCUCAGCUGUCAAGGUUGCCAUGGCGGUAUGUACCAGAGGAAGCUGUACCGCGACCUGAUGGUUAACUACAAUCGUCUGGAAAGACCCGUCCAAAAUGACUCUGCACCUAUCGUUGUGGAACUCGGUCUCACGCUGCUACAAAUCAUUGACGUGGAUGAAAAGAACCAGGUGUUGAUCACAAAUGCUUGGCUGCAGCUGUAUUGGACGGACAUUUACCUUUCAUGGAACCCAGAGAACUUCCCCGGAGUUCAGAACCUGCGCUUCCCCUCCAACCUGGUUUGGGUCCCAGAUAUCCUCCUCUACAACAGUGCUGAUGAGCGAUUUGAUGCUACGUUCCAUACAAAUGUGCUGGUAAAUGCUUCAGGAGCCUGCCAGUACAUCCCACCAGGCAUCCUGAAAAGUACCUGCUACAUCGAUGUGCGGUGGUUCCCCUUCGAUGUGCAGAAGUGUGACCUCAAGUUUGGCUCCUGGACGCACAACGGCUGGCUGCUGGACCUCCAGAUGAUGGAUGUAGACAUCUCCACCUACAUACCCAACGGGGAAUGGGACCUUGUAGGUGUGCCAUCUAAGCGUAAUGAGCUGUACUACGACUGCUGUAAGGAGCCUUACCCCGACGUGACGUUCACGGUCACCAUGCGCCGCAGGACACUUUACUACGGACUCAACCUGCUCAUCCCCUGUGUGCUCAUCUCUGGCUUGGCUCUGCUGGUCUUCCUGCUCCCUGCCGAUUCUGGAGAGAAGAUCUCACUUGGCAUCACAGUGCUGCUGUCUCUAACUGUGUUCAUGUUACUGGUAGCAGAGAUCAUGCCUGCCACUUCAGACUCCGUUCCUUUGAUUGCUCAGUACUUUGCCAGCACCAUGAUGAUUGUGGGCUUGUCUGUGGUGGUAACUGUCCUGGUGCUACAGUUCCACCACCAUGAUCCCCAUGGAGGGAAGAUGCCAAAAUGGGUCCGAGUUAUUCUACUCAACUGGUGCGCUUGGUUUCUCCGCAUGAAGAAACCUGGAGAGGAAAGAAAAACAGCAGUGAGCACUCAAAACUACAAGUACUCCCACCCUCCUGCUCACCACACCAGCACCAACAGCAUCCAAAUGAGCACCAUACCUGGGCAGGCGUCCACCCAGUCGACCACGACCAACGGGAGCAUGAACCUGUACUUUGGCUACCACGCUAUGGGCACAGACAACCCUGCUUUCCCUCCAAGCACCGAUUCAGGUGUGGUGGUGUGCGGCGGUGGCGGCGGUGGCCAUCCUAACGGCUCCUCUCCACACGACAUCCACUCAGAACAGAUGCGGACUUUGCUGCUGGAGCAGAUUCCGGAAAUCUCCCGGAUCCUGGAGGAAGUGCAGUACAUUGCCCGCCGCUUCCGGGAGCAGGAUGAGGGCGAGGCGAUCUGCAGCGAGUGGAAGUUUGCAGCGGCAGUAGUAGAUCGGUUGUGCCUGGUGGCUUUCUCGCUCUUCUCCAUCAUCUGCACCUUCACCAUCCUCAUGUCAGCUCCCAAUUUCAUCGAGGCUGUGUCCAAAGACUUCACAUAAGGCUGAUCUCCUCCUGCUCUGAGAGGGAAAAAGAGAGCUAACAUUAAAAAUCCAGACACGAUUGGAACUGUGCCACACAAGCCUCCCUGCUACAACUAUG